AGGCACCCAGAGGGGGAUUCCCCGGACAGGGUGUGUGGCCAGAGGGCGGGGAGUAGAGGAGGCGGUCUAGGUCAUGUCCCACGGGAUCUACUACGAGUGUGAGCACCGAGGAGGCCAACCACUUGAGUUCCCGGGCAGCCGAACUGGGCCAGGGGAGCUGGGAGACAUGUGUGACCACGAGGCCUCCAUUGACUUGUCCGCCUACAUUGAAUCGGGUGAAGAACAGCUCCUCUCUGAUCUCUUUGCUGUCAAACCUGAGCCUCGGGGCAUCAAAGGUCCUGGAACUCCUGCCUUCCCCCAUUACCUCCCGCCAGACCCCAGGGCCUUCGUCUAUCCGACCCAUGCCUUUGGCCCUGACAGGAAGGGUCUCGGGCCCAAUUCCUACAGCCCCCCAGAGGGCUAUGAUCCCCGAGCGGUGUCUGUGAAAGAGGAGCCUCGGGGGCCAGAGGGUGGGAGAAGCUCUAGCCGAGGUGGCUACAACCCACUGCAGUACCAGGUGGCACACUGUGGGCAGACUGCCAUGCACUUGCCUCCAGCUCUGGGAGCACCCAACCAGCCCCUUCGAGUCCUCAAGGGUCCCCUGGCUGCCGCCGCUGCCCCUCCCUGCAGUCCUCUCCUCAAAGCUCCCUCUCCGGCUGGGCCCCCCCAUAAGGGCAAGAAGGCGGUGAACAAGGACAGCCUGGAGUAUCGGCUACGGCGGGAGCGCAACAACAUUGCGGUGCGCAAAAGCCGGGACAAAGCCAAGCGGCGCAUCCAGGAGACGCAGCAAAAGGUGCUGGAGUACAUGGCCGAGAACGAGCGGCUCCGCAGCCGCGUGGACCAGCUCACCCAGGAGCUCGACACCCUGAGAAACCUCUUCCGCCAGAUCCCCGAAGCUGCCAGCCUCAUUAAGGGAGUAGGCUGUGGCUGAGCCCCAGGGUUGAAGGGAGGAGGGGCGAUCCUCUCCCCCUCUGGCCUGAAGGGACUUCUCGACCUCCUGUAUCCCUAUGGGAAGGCCUUCCGCUUGCCCUGGGCUCUCUUCCCAUAUAUAGGGUACAGUUGAUGCCCUCAGACAGACAGACAAGGCAGACAGGCUGCCGAGGCAGCCCAAGGCAUUCGGGCAGCACCCUGGGCAAGGUUUUGGGAUUGCACUUCACCCUCUACACUGAAAUGACACCCCUUGUCCUCGGAGGCUGGAAGCCUUCCUUGUAAUACAAAUGACAAUUUACCAAAAAAUAAAUACUU